AUGGCCAAUUUCCUCGCGUCCAUCUUCGGCACCGAGCUCGACAAAGUCAACUGCUCCUUCUACUUCAAAAUCGGCGCCUGCCGCCACGGCGACCGCUGCUCGCGCAAGCACGUCAAGCCCUCGUACAGCCAAACCAUCCUCAUGCCCAACCUGUACCAGAACCCGGCCUACGACCCCAAGAACAGGAUGAACGCCUCGCAGCUGCAGAACCACUUUGACGCCUUUUACGAGGACAUUUGGUGCGAGCUGUGCAAGUACGGCGAGCUCGAGGAACUCGUCGUCUGCGACAACAACAAUGACCACCUCAUCGGCAACGUCUACGCCCGCUUCAAAUACGAAGACUCCGCCUCCGCCGCCUGCGAGGCCCUCAACAGCCGCUGGUACGCCGCCCGCCCCAUCUACUGCGAGCUCUCCCCCGUCACCGACUUCCGCGAGGCCUGCUGCCGCCUCAACUCGGGCGAGGGCUGCGUCCGCGGCGGCUUCUGCAACUUCAUCCACCGCAAGAACCCCUCCGAGGAGCUCGACCGCGAGCUCACCCUCAGCACCAAGAAGUGGCUCAAGAUGCGCGGCCGCGACGAACGCAGCCAGAGCAGGUCGCCCACCCCCGAGCCCAGCAGGAGGAGGUUCUGA